AUUUGAAUGGGUACCUGCUGUACAUUACAAUUCAGUACCUAAUUCUUUCAACAUAACACCUUUCUACUGCUCUUUUAUACAAUACGGUAUACGAUAUAGGCGAACAUCUUCAACAAGGGCUUUUGUGAAGGAUUUAAGGUCGAUGCACUCCUAAUAGCCCUGAAAGGGCCCCCUUAAUUCCCCCCAAUUAUCACUACUCCCCCCCGACUUUCGACUCCCAUAACAUCACAAAAUGUCGGCGGUCAGUCGCAUUCGCGGCGCUUUCGCCGUACCUAGGAAAGGCGAAACAUUCGAGUUGCGAGCUGGCCUGGUAUCUCAAUAUGCGUGGGAAAGGAAAGAAUCCAUCCAGAAGACGAUUAUGGCUAUGACGUUGGGCAAAGACGUGUCACAACUAUUCCCCGAUGUGCUGAAGAACAUAGCAACUGCCGACCUAGACCAGAAGAAGCUGGUUUAUCUGUAUUUGAUGAACUACGCAAAAUCACAUCCCGACCUAUGUAUUCUCGCGGUGAACACCUUCGUCCAAGAUGCAGAAGAUCCGAACCCUCUCAUAAGAGCACUCGCUAUUAGAACGAUGGGUUGUAUUCGAGUAGAUAAGAUGGUCGAUUACAUGGAGGAACCUCUGCGAAAAACGUUACGAGACGAAUCACCCUAUGUUCGGAAAACAGCCGCCAUUUGUGUUGCGAAAUUGUUCGACUUGAACCCCUCAAUGUGUAUAGAAAACGGAUUCCUCGAAAUACUCCAAGAAAUGAUUGGAGAUCCUAACCCCAUGGUCGUUGCGAACUCGGUACAAGCACUUGCGGAAAUAGCUGAGACGGCACCGGAGACGAGAGCAUUGGUGAUUACGCCGGCGACACUCAAGAAAUUGCUUAUGGCGCUAAAUGAGUGUACCGAAUGGGGUAGAGUGACGAUCCUUUCAACGCUGGCAGAUUACCCACCCCAAGAUGUUAAGGAGUCGGAACAUAUUUGCGAACGAGUAGCGCCGCAAUUCCAACACGUGAAUCCUAGUGUCGUGCUCGCCGCCGUCAAAGUUGUAUUCAUUCACAUGAAGCUCAUCAACGCUGAUUUAGUCCGACAAUAUCUGAAGAAGAUGGCACCUCCCCUAGUCACCCUUGUUGCAUCCGCCCCCGAAGUUCAAUACGUUGCGUUACGAAACAUCGAUCUACUCCUACAGGCCAAGCCCGAUAUCCUAAGCAAAGAACUAAGAGUGUUCUUCUGCAAGUACAACGAUCCACCGUAUGUCAAACUACAGAAACUCGAGAUUAUGGUGAGGAUAGCGAACGAGAAGAACUACGAACAAUUACUAGCUGAAUUGAAGGAGUAUGCAUUGGAAGUGGACAUGGACUUUGUUCGAAGGGCCGUCAAAGCCAUCGGGCAAGUUGCGAUUAAGAUCGAGGGUGCUAGCGAGAAAUGCGUCAAUGCAUUAUUGGAUUUGAUUGCUACUAAGGUGAACUACGUCGUCCAAGAAGUUAUUGUCGUCAUCAAGGAUAUCCUCAGAAAAUACCCCGGCUACGAAGGUGUUAUUCCGACGCUUUGCAACCACAUCGACGAGUUGGAUGAACCUAACGCCAGAGGUUCGUUAAUAUGGAUUGUCGGCGAGUAUGCGGAGAAGAUCAACAAUGCGGAUGAGAUAUUGGCCAGUUUUGUGGACGGUUUCAUGGAAGAAUUUACGCAAACACAAUUGCAAAUUUUGACGGCGGUGGUCAAAUUGUUCUUAAAAAAGCCAAGCAAUGGUCAGGGGCUAGUACAAAAGGUUCUACAGGCAGCAACAGCAGAAAACGACAACCCGGAUAUUCGAGAUCGAGCGUAUGUAUACUGGCGACUUCUGUCAGGGGAUCUUGAUGUUGCAAAGAAUAUUGUCCUGUCGCAAAAGCCAGCCAUCACGACCACAAUGACGAGCUUACCCGCUACUCUACUGGAGCAACUUCUUGGCGAACUCUCAACAUUGGCGUCGGUUUACCACAAGCCACCAGAGUCAUUUGUCGGAAAAGGACGAUUUGGUGCCGACGAGAUCCAACGAGCAGCCAUUCAAGAACAGCGGCAGAACGCAGCCGAAAACCCUAUUGCGGCUUCGGUUGCUGCUGCUGGUCAAAAUGGAGCACCCGCGCAGAGCAACAUCGAAAACCUAUUGGAUAUCGACUUCGACGGCGCUGCGCCGGCAUCGCAAGAACAAAACUCGGCGUCGGCUACACCGGAUCGUGUGGCCAGCCCAGCUGGCGGAGCUGCUCCGUCGGGUGGAAUGGCGGAUAUGAUGGGUUUGUUCGAUGCUCCACCGCCGCAACAAAAUAACUUUGCCAGCGCUCCCGCUGCUAGUGGUAGUGGUAGUGAUGUAAAUGACCUUAUGAACGGAUUCGGGGGAUUAGAUUUGAGCGGAUCGAGCCAGCCCCCGCCAGCGUCGGUACAACUUGGUCAUGUGGGAGGAAGCACGGAGCAGAAGCAGGGCGGGAACAACGAGGACCUCCUAGGCCUCUUCUAGGCGAAGCGGGACCAAGAACCUCGAAGAAUGGUAACCCGGAACCCCUGGGCGGAUGAACGUCGAGAGAAGAGCAAAGACAAUUUGCUUGAUCUCUAAGAAAGCGCACUUUGAAUGGUGUCACGAAACUGAUGGAGUAUAUGGCAGAAAGAGAAAGGGGGUGACCCUUUUGCUAGAUGGAUGACUUAUGGAAAAAGCAUCGGUAUAUUCAGACGAGGAUAAGGGACAAAAGCUUAGCUUAGUAGAUGAGAAAUUAUGA